AUGGUUUGUAAUAAUGGUUGUUUAAAAUCACCGACAAAUACAAAUAAUAAUAAUCGUAUGAAAAAAUCUGUUCAUUUUGACUGGCAUUUGCCUAAAGAAAUUCGGUCACGUUCACCAUCACCGGUCAAUAUAGAUUCUAGUAGUAAUUACCAACAGACUGUUGCAAUUGCAUCUUCAUCUUCUUUGUCCAAUGAUUUAUUAAAACGACAAUCACCAUCAGUUGAUAAACCUAUGCCAUUGAAUAGUUUACUUGUAAAAACAUCUUCACUUAAUACAAUUAUUAAUCCACAAAUCCCACAACAAUCAUCAUCAGCAACAUCAACAGCUAAAAAAUUAAUUAGUAAUGGUUUUUUUAAUUUUAUUGGUCGUUCAAAUAGCAGUAAUAACAAGUCAUCAACAUCGACCGAAGAAAAUAAACAAUUACGACGUACAUCGUCCACUCAACUACGUGCUCAACGAAAGACUAAACAACAGACGACAUUAACAACAGGGACAAACGGAAAUAAACGUCUUAGUGCGGAUGUCGAAUCUCUUCUUCCUGUAUCUUCAAUCAAUAGCAAUCAUUGUGAAAUAUCGAAUGAAGAUGAUCAUAUAUUUGACAAGGUUACAACAAAUAAUAAUAAUAAUAUUAAUAGCGAACGACAAUCAUCGAUUUCUCUUGUUUCAACAUUGGUAGACAAGAAAUCAUCUAUCCCACUGUGUACAAACACUAACAUCAAUAAUAGUUCAUUAUCAAUGUCAACGAGUUCUACGACGACAAUUAUGAAGUCGGAUGAAGGUGAUUCAUUAAAUAAUGGACUUCUUUUUCGACCUGUAACUGAUCCCAAGUGUGAUUAUGUUUUACAUGAUCAUCAAACAAUAAAAAAAGAACCUUUCUUUUUAUCACCACCAAAAUCAUUGUCUAAUGGUGAUGAAUCUACUAUGAUGCAAACAUCGACACUUAUUAUUUCGACACCACCACAAUACCAUUAUUAUUUGUAUCCCCCAGCUGAUAAUACAAAUACAUUGUCAUCAUCAUCAUCAUCAUCAUCGUCAUCAUCAUCAAUAUUAUCGAAAAAAAAUUCGAAAUUAAUUUCAACAACAAAUCGUACGGUAUCCAAUGUUAGUAUCAAUAGUGUUAGUACAAGUUCAUCUUCAUCAUAUCGAUCAUAUGAAUCUCAAAUGCAUGAUAAUGAAUAUCCACAAUCAAGUUAUACAGCUCUUAAUGCUGAAGAUGAAACUGCAUCUAAUUCAACUUAUUCAAUUACAAAUAAUAACAAUAAUAAUAAUAAUAAUAAUAAUAAUAAAACACGUCAAAAGAAAGUUAUUCAAUCAGCAUUAAUUGAUUGGAAAAUGAAAUCAUCAUCAUCAGAUAUGAGUAAUGAUUCAACAACUACAACAAAACCUGUUAUAUUAUCUGAUUCUGUACAAGCUUUUUGGCCUCCACCACCUUCACCAUUGACAUUAGAUAAAGAUUCUGGAUUAGCAACAAUGACAUCAACAACUACUGAGCAAACUAAACAAUCAGAAUCAAUACCCAUACCAAAUCAUAUUAUUAGUUCGAAUUCUCACAAUGAUUCAAUAAAUGUUAAUCAUAUUAAUAUAUUAUCAACGAAGGAAGAAAUUGGAUCUUAUUCUGAACAACAUACAUUUACUAAUGGUUGUCUAAGAAAUGCAAGUGAUACAUCUUUAGAAGAUACACCAGCAUCAUAUACAGAACGUUUACGUGAAAAAUCUCGUUCAAUACCAAUGAAUCCAAAUAAUGAUAUGUGUUCUUAUUUAGCACGAUCAAUAUCAAAAGAUGCUUUAAAUGAUUGUCAUUUACGUCCAAAUACACAUUUAAAUAUCACAGAAUUUCCUUUAACAAAUGAAAAUAUUUUAAGACCAAAAUCAGCUGGACAACAAAAUCGUACAACAUAUAUUAUAUCAAAACAACAAAGUGAAAAUUCUGAUCAUGAUUUUCAAUCAAAACGAGAUUUUUUUGAAAAUCGUACAUAUACAGAUAAUACAUCAAUAAAUUCAUCUUUAUCAUCAAUUCCAACAAAUAUAUUACCAACAAAACCAAAAAUAUAUACUUUAUCUCCAGCAAAUUCACAAAUUAAUAAUAAUAAUAAUAAUAAUAAUAAUAAUAAUAACGGUCUUUUACAACAGACAACAGUAAAUAAUACUCCUCAACGUAAUGUAACAAGACGUUCAUGGAAUGAUUUAUCAUCCAGACAAUUGCCACCAUCACCAUCGUCUCCUUCCGGUAAUCUAUAUUUUGAUUCAACAUCCAAUCAAAUAUCAUUUCCUCCUCCACCAACUAUUCGAAAACCAGUUCGAAUUGUUAAAGCCGUACAACGAUCAUCACCUCCAAUAAAUGAAUUAAUUACCACAAAUCGUCCAUUAGCAACAUCAAAAACAUAUUCACUUGCUAAACCCGGUCUUUUUGCAGCUUCUCCAUUAAAUUCCUAUCAAAAAUUACCUAAUAAAAUUUCACAUUCAAUUCGACGUUUUCAAUCUCGUGAUGAAAAUGAUUUACAAUUUAAUUUAAAAGAAUUUGCUUUACGCUAUCCACAUAAUCAUUCAUUAAAUGAAUCAGAACGUUUAACAUUAUCAAAUGAACAUCAUAUUAGUACAGAUUAUACACGUGCAUUAUUUCCUAUACCUGAUCGUUUAAAACGUAUACGUUCAAGACAAAGUUCAGGUGGUGAUACAAGUUCUAUAACAACUUCGAGUAAUUCAUCAUCAGAUUAUAUUCAUCGAACAGUAUCGAAUGAUAGUUGUAUUUUUGAUGAUGAUACUCUUCGACAAGCGGAAGAUUUAUUAAUUAAUUUAAGAAAACGUCGACAAAUUCUAAAAGAAAAUCAACGAACAAUUAACGAAGAAAUUGAAGAUAAUAAAAUUCUUGGUGCUAAAUUAUUAAAUAUAAUUGAAUCCAAUGCUGAAUCAAAUGAAAUCGAAAAAUUCAAAUUACAUAUUAAUGAAAUCGAUACAAUAACAUCAAUCCUUCUGAAACUAAGUAGUCGAUUAGCUAAAGUUGAAAAUGAUUUAUUGAUACUUUCCGAUAGUAAUGAGCACACAAAGGCAAGUUUAAUUGAACGACGUGAAAAAGCUCAACAAAAACAUGAUGAAGCUAAAUCAUUGAAAGAUGGUAUUGAUCGUCGCAGUCGUUUAGUAACAAAUAUCCUUCGAAAAUAUCUUUCUAAUGAACAAUAUGAUGAUUAUGAACAUUUUAUAAGAAUGAAAUCAACAUUAUUAAUGGAUGCAAAAGAAAUUGAAGAAAAUAUAUUAAUUAUAGAAAAACAAAUUGACAUUUUAACUCAAAUAUCAACAUCAGAUUGUCAAAAUUUACAAACAUCGAAUAAUGCCGAAAGUUUACAAACGAAUUCUUUUAAAGCUAUAUCGAGCACGGCCUAG